GGCAAGAAAAUUCUUGUAUAUAUUUUCAAAAAAUGAGUAAAAAUCUUCCAAAAAAAUCCUAAAAAUAUCUAAAGUGAUUCCAUAUAUAUCAGUAAAACUUCUAAUAUUCUCUUAAGAACAUUCACAUAAAAAAGGUUCCCAUGGUUCGUUUAUCUUCCAGACAACAACACGCACUUUGGCCUCAAAUCGUUUGCGUAUUAAAUAAAUCCCAUUAUCUGCCGUGUUUUAAUCAGUGGGAGCCUCUGACAGUGGCACCAGGCUUCCUCCACCCCGCCCCCAAACCAAACUAAGAUGUGCGUCUCCUCCUCCUCCUCCUGCUGCUGCUGCUGCUUUGACUACAUGCUUUCCUGCCAGCCGGAGCGAUCUUGACGCAGGAGACGCACACCGGCAGCUGCGGCCUCCGGAUAUCUGAAAAAGUCAAGUUUGGACGAUUUAAAGAGUUAAUAUGCUGCAUAAAUCGAGUCCGAUGGCGCAAUGGAUGAUACUUUUGUUCUCUCUUUUCGGAGUUCUGCAUGGAGACGAAUCUAUGCCUACUUCUAUACAAAGGUGCUGUCAGAAUGGGAGGGCCCGAGCAAUGGAUGGACAUGACUGCACUAUCCUCCCAUUCGUCCCCACCCACAUGUGCAGCGUUGUCCAGGAACAAUGCUGUCGAUCAGCCAUAAUAGACGAACUCUGCUGCAACGGCAUCAAGAUGGCCAGACAGCAGGGAGCCUGUGAGAGGCCUUUCUUCCAUGGAGAGCCCUGGGAAACUAAAAUAUCAAAGAUGUGCUGCGACUGCUGUGAACUCGGUCUGACGGCAGCCCGUCGGGGUUUGAGCUGCGAGCUUCCCGGUCUGCUGCUGCCUCGUCAGUGCAGCUACGCGGCCAAAACCUGCUGCGGCAACAACACGACAGAGGAGAGCAACCUGACUGCUGCAGCACCAGAAAAGCCUGAAGUUGUUACGACGAAGCCUCCAGACGGAUCAAACACCUGCAAAAACUCCAACUGCUCCCAGUUGUGUCUCGGUGACGGUAAAUGUGGCUGCUAUGACGGUUUUCAGCUGCGACGGGACGGAGUCAGCUGUGAGGACGUUAAUGAGUGUCUGACCAACAGUCACAACUGCAUCUUUGGUCAAGUUUGCAUUAACACUGAAGGCUCUUUUCGGUGUCAGAGGGAAACCAGCUGUGGAACUGGAUAUGAACUGACAGACGACAACAUCUGCCGAGACAUUGAUGAAUGUGACUUGGGGACCCAUAACUGUGGACCAGACUUCAUUUGCAUCAACACCGAAGGUUCGUUCCGCUGCAGACCGAAGGACAAAUGCGGAGACGGUUACAUUCAGGACGCCAUCGGCAGCUGUAUCGACAUCAAUGAGUGUGUGGUCCACCACAACCCCUGCCUGCCUGGACAGACCUGCAUCAACACGGUGGGAUCCUACACCUGCCGCAGCAACACGAUCACCUGCGGACGAGGAUAUCACCUGACUGAGGACGGCAGCCGCUGCGAAGAUGUGGAUGAGUGUCGUAGAGGCAACGUCUGUGGCGUCCACGGCUGCGUCAACCUGCUGGGAUCGUAUCGCUGCGAGUGCAAAGCUGGCUUCAACUUCAACAGCAUCACCAAGUUGUGUGAAGAUAUCAAUGAGUGCAUGCAUUAUCCUGGACGACUUUGUGCCCACAAGUGUGAGAACAUGGAGGGAUCAUACAAAUGCAGUUGCACAUCUGGAUUCAAACUGGGCUACGAUGGCAGAAGCUGUGAAGAUGUCAACGAGUGCGAGGCCAAACCUUGCAGCCAGGAGUGCGCUAACGUCUACGGUUCCUACCAGUGCUACUGUCGCCGUGGUUACCAGCUGAGUGACAUCGAUGGGAACACUUGUGAAGAUAUCGAUGAGUGUGCUACUGGAGGUCACGGCUGUUCCUACCACUGCUUCAACACUCCAGGAAGCUUCAACUGUACCUGCCCACCCAGCGGCUACACGCUGGCCAAUGACUGGCAAACAUGUCAAGACAUUGAUGAAUGCGCUGCAGGAACUCACACCUGUUCAGUCUCUCAGAGCUGCUUUAACGUCCUGGGAGGUUACCGCUGUCUGGCCUUUGAAUGUCCUCCAAACUUCCGGCAAGCAGCGACGGGCCGUUGCGAACGCGUAACUUGCGAGUUGACGCGGGAUCCUGCGUCGUGUUUCUUGCUGCCGUUGAGAAUCUCCUUCUACAACUUCAGCUUCCCCACCAACACACCCGUGCCGGCCGAUGUUUUCCGCAUGGGACCCUCCAAUUCUGUCCCCGGGGACCAAAUGCGACUCGAUAUCGUAUCCGGAGACGAGGACGGAUACUUCACGGUGCAGCAGCAGGCUCACGGAGGGGUGGUCUCUCUAAGGAGGGUCUUAACCGAACCGAGGGACUUUUUUCUGACCCUGGAGAUGAGGCUGAUUCGAUACGGGACGACGCAUCUGUACACGGCCAAGAUCGCUGUGUUUGUCACUCAUGAGCAGAUAAUACGACCCUCAAGAACAUUCCCAUACUAGAAAUAUGUGAUGAAAAACAUAGGAAUAGUGACUGUUGUGAGGGAAGAUCACAGCUACAGCUUUGCAUCUACUUGUUAAUAUGGUAACAAUAAAUCUAUAACUCUUGCUGAGUGCAGGAAAACACUACAGCAGUCUGUUUUUUGCUGGAUUUUGGAGGGUUUUUUGCAUUAACUUGGGAUUGUCCCUUAUUAUUCAUUAAGGAUCUGAGCUGUAGAUAGAAAUCCAGAGUCAUGUGAUUAAAAAUACUCAGUUAUUUACUGUUUACUGUGAUAUAUGUGGUGAAAGCAUUCAAAAACACUGCUUUGAAAGACAUUUUGGACAUUUAUUGACUUUCUUGCUGAGGGUUAAGUGAGAAGAUCGACUCCCAUUUCAUGUCUGUACAAUAAAUAUGCAGCUAGAACCAGUAGCUUUUACACAAUGGAGAAUAUAGGAAGCUUUUAGGAACUAACAUAUUGUUAAAGAUCUAAUUUUACUGGCUUUUUACAAACAACAAAGUGCGGUCAAGUCGAUAGUUCAGAUGUCAAUGAGUUGCUUCAGUAAAAUGAUCCAAUAUCUCACCAAAAUAAAACCAUUAGAAAAAAAAAUUAUAUUAUUAGAUGAGAUCAUUAUUAGUGAUGAAAGGAAAUAGUUUGAACAUUUGGGAGAAAAUCACAGCUGCAGCUUUUAAUCUGUCAUUUAUACAGGUAGUAUCAGUCUGUAACUCUUGCUGAGUGCAAGAAUUCACUACAGCACUCUGGAUUUUGGAGGGUUUUUGCAUUAGCUUGGGAUUGUCCCUCAUUUUUCAUUCAGGAUCUGAGCUGUAGAUAGAAAUCCAGAGUCCUGUGAUUAAAAAGACUCUGUCAUUCCCACAUUUAAACCUAUUUACUCUCAUAUAUGUGGUAAAAACAUUCCAAAAAUAUUCAUUUAAACAACUGUCUCAACAUUUAUUGACUUUCUUGCUCAGAGUUAAAUGAGAAGAUGAACACCCAUCUCAUGUCUGUACACUAAAUAUGCAACUUUUACACAAUGGUUCAGAUAAGAACCUUUUAGGAUGGAACAUAUUGUUAAAGAUCCCAACUUCCUGGCUUCUUCUCCAUCAUAUUUUAGUUGCCUGUGAAUUGCUAAACGCUCCACCAAAUCAAGGUUUGUCGUUUGGUUUUGGUAAAAUGAUCCAAUAUCUCACUAAAGAUCAAACAUUUCACAAAAAGUCCAAAAACUAAAAACAGAUUUGUGCAUCAAAGCUUUGUUUUUCAUUUGCUCCCCUCCAAUUAAUCCCAUUUAUUAUGCUCAUGACCUCUUAGAUUUAUCUGCUGUCUGCAUAUAAAGCUGAUGCACCAGUAUUAAUGAUCCAUGAUCUCAUAGUAUAUAAUAAUAUAUAAUUUGAGGGGGGCUAAACCAGGACUUUUACUUUAAAACCUGCUUGCUCAUGCAGGAAACUUUUACUUUUACGUUUCCUUUUACUUAACUGAAGAAUCCAAAUUAAUUUUCAAUCACUACCUUCCACAUAACCACCUAAAUUCUUACAUAUUUAAUUAAAAAACACCUUUUGAUCAGAGCUGCUGGUUGUGGCUUUGUAUUUAACUUUCAGCGUUACAGAAAGAUAAAGCUGUUUUUCCUUUUAAUCUCAGCAAGAAAGCAGAUAAAUGUCAAACUCUUCCCUUAAGAUGGAGCAAAAUCUUUCAUUUUGAAGCAAAUGAUUUGUUGCUAAACCAAAAACCCAAACUACUAAUUGCAUUUGUUUGUAAUGGGCUUUGGCGCUGCAUUUCCACUGAGAGGUACCAAAAUCAAGUUUUAUUGUAUGUCAGCUGCCUUGUUUAAUGGGUUGUCUGAGAUUUAACGUGGCAUUAAAUGUGGAAACAUUGUGCAAAAUACCACUAGAUGGGGCUUGUUAGUUGCUGAGGACGUCCACACUUUGUCAAUAUUGUUCAUGCGCAUCGACGGCAGCUCAUCUUACCUCACAUCUGUGUGGCAGCUUUUCUUCAUGUACUGCUUGAAAUUUAAAAAAUGACAGAUAAAAAUGGCUUUUCUCUGUAAUAUCUGCACACACACACACACACCGGCUUUGGUUUCUGCGACUACUCUCCUGCUUCCUCUGCUGUGGUCAUUUCUAAUGCUGAAACCAAUUUUUCCAACGUUCGCUUCCAAGCGGCUUCACCAACGGAUCAAACAGGCCCUCGCCUUCAGCGGCCUGCAAGAAAAAUAAGCGUGGCACUUAUUUAUGGGCACCUGGGGUCCCGCCAAGAACCGGGGGCUCAAUUAGUGGUGGAGUGAGAUUUUAACUCGCAUGAUGGAUGGUGUUUUAGUGUUGGUAUUGGGUGGUUAUCAGUUAAUUUGCUGUAAAUGAUACCAAAAAAGCCAGUAGCUGUGUUGGUCAGCUGGAUAAAUGCAACCAGACAAAUUUUCCACUGUUUCACUUUCCUCCUGGUGGUUUUUGAGGGUUUGGUGCACAUAAAGCUAAUUGAAAACCCAAAGAUAUGAAAUAUAUGUCAGAAUCAUUCCUCUCGAUCUUUGAAAUAUGGAACCAAAAUGCUGAGGUAAUUGUUUUGUACAUGUAAAAUUAGUUACGAAAGUAGUAGUAACUGUAGCUGUUCUCAGUUUCAGUGGCUGGAUCUGUCAGUUUUUUUCCGUCUUCUACAAUAAAUGAGAGAUGACAUUCAUUCUUGCAUGCCCUCUUCUGGUUUUCUUACCAGCCUGUUUUUCCUUGGUGGCGUUGCGCUGGUGUGGAAUACCACACAAUCAUCCCCGCGGUUUGGCCUCGCGCUCGCCGAACAACUUGGACUCACCUGCUUGCUGCUAAUUACAUGGCUCAGCUCCCUCUGCAGUUUUUGAGGUUGCGUUUGAAAGCACCACUGUCCUCACGUUGGGGGAAGCCUCGCAAAAACACGAUUCCGGGGUUUGGAAUCGGAGGUUUUGGCCUCUUUUUAUGGCUCGGUUAACCAUAGAGGUCUAUGGGACUAUUCAGGUGUUGCCAGGUUCUCCUCGCUCGAGUCGCUUCGGUCAAAGCCGCUUCCUAUGAACACUGUAGUGUACUCUAUAGAUUGAAAUGGUAAUAAAUCCGCGCUUUAGAUCCAUGAUGCCAGUUCAAACAAAUCUGCUACUCAAACUUCAUACCAUCUCAUAAGGACAUAAAGGCCUGUAAUUUGCUUCUUUUAAAUUCAACUACAACUAAAGUCCAGCCCUAAACACCUCAGAAAUAUACUAUCUAACCAUAAACCCUCUAAAAAAUAAUGUUUCGGCUCAACAGCCAAUCUUUUUGAGUUAAGAUAACUGAGCAAAAUAAGUCUGACCAACAAAUUAGAAUUAGCUUUUAUGUGUCAAAAGUAUUUUUAAUUACUUAUGAUUUAAUGAUUAGUAGCAUAAAUACAAGUUUUUAAGUUGAUUACUCAUAAAAUUAAGUUGUUCCACCUGGUAUUCCCACAUAUUUAGAAAGAUUUUUGGUGCUAUAUGCUUAAUUGGCAAGUUUUUGAGUUGACAAAUUUUUAAAAAAUUAGGCUGCUCCACUGUUAAGUAGAAGGGGACUUGAAAUCUUUACCUCAAGGUAAAGAAAAAUUCAGUCAACAAGCUAAUUUUAGUCUUCUCAACUUACAUUUAGUGUUAAAUUAACUAGCAUAGAAAUUUGAGUUUAAAUUACAUGUUAUGUUGACGCAAUUACCAACACUAUUAUGUCAACACAACUUGUCAAAGUAAUGUUUCCAGCUUAAAUAGAUUAUCUAAAGCAAUGAAUUAGAUGUUUAAUCAUGCAUUUAAUCAAGUGGCAGGAAUAGGUCUUUUGAAUGACUUUCUAGUAUCAGUCGAGUCAGAUGUCCACCCUCCCUGAGCCUGGUUCUGCCAGAGGUUUCUUCCUCUCAGAAGUUCUUUUUUUCUUCCCACCGACACCAAAAAGCUGCUCUUAAACAGAAUCGUUAAGACUUGAUACAUGUCCCUCUAUAGCAAAAUUGUGUCAGGAUUUCACCUCAUAAUGUAAUGUGCUGUAGCAUAUGUUGUGAAUUGGAUCUAGAUGAAUAAAAUUGAAUUGACUGAAUGCAUUGGUCUUCUCUUUGACAUACUCUCCUCUUUUUUUCUACCCAUUUUCCUUCUAUCUUUCUCUUCCUUGUCCAUAUCCGUACUUGUGAAAGGUAUACAUUUGAAUUUGAGAGUCCCUCAAAAAGUUCUUGGACUCAACAGAAACUUCACAGUAGAAACACUGUUCAUGUAUUAUUUCUCAACAUGGUCUCCUUUAACGUCAAUGCACUUUGUCCACCAAUCUUCACAAAGCGAGGUCACACCUUGAGCCUUCAGAUUCCCCUCAACAGCAUGCAUGGCCUCAUCAUCUAUUUGAAAAUAGCGACUGAGCAACUAGAAUUGCAGUUUUGGAAACAGAUAGAAGUCAGACAGUGCAGUUUAGGUGAGUAAGGUGAAUGGUGAAAGUGCCACAGUAUUGUGUGGACGGACACAUUGUUCUGGAGCAACAGCAGCCACCUCCAAGCUUUUUCUCGCCUUUAUUCUUUGAUUGCUUCAAACAUUUAAGGCUUUUUAGUAUACAGUUAUGCCUGAAAAUGGGAAUUAUGCUACAGCCUGAAAUGCCUGAAUUCGUGGCAGCUUUUCUACAAAAUUGCAAUGUAAGUUGCAAUGUUUUAAGCGUAUUUUUUGCGAUGAGACAGUGGCAAUUGGUAAAAAGAUGCAUUUUUUUCAGCUUUUAGAACACGUUUAAACAUUUUAAUUGACACUAUUUAUUCCUAUACUAAUUCUUUAACACACUCCAACCCAUUUACACAAAAGCUCGAAUACAACGGUGGGAAAUUAGCACCAGCCAGAUACUGGUUUAACAUGAAGUAGUUGGUAGAUUCAAGGCACAAAAUGAUAUUAAAUGGGAGACAUUAGAAUCACACAUGCCUGGAUGUUCAAACCAUAAACAAGGAAGUGAAUUCAGUGACGUAUGUGCAUUACAUUUGCACUGGGGACUGCUAUGAUUGGUGGAACUCAUGGGAGAUGGGCCAAAAUUGCACAGACAUUGUGGUGACUGGACAAAAUUGCAAGGUCGUGCAGAAUUAGCAGAGAUUGGUUAAAUUUGCGUGAAUUGGUGCGAUCGCAACAUCGCAAAAUUCCUGGAGGGACUGUUUAAAGUACCCUCAUAGUCUUUUGUAUUUCUUGUCGUGUUUCAUUUGUAUCUAGCUGCUGUGGGGUUUGAAUUUACCCGAUGAUGGUUCUAUAAAUUUUAUCUUAUUG